UAGUGACAGUCCCAAUGCUAUCCAUGAAGUGGAAAAGUGGUUACCACGGCUGCAUUCGGUUGUCAUAGGACCUGGCUUAGGUAGAGAUGAAGUUCUACUUGAGAACGCUAAGGGUAUUAUAGAAAAAUCGAAAGUGAAAGGAAUUCCUAUCAUUAUUGAUGCAGAUGGACUGUGGCUCAUUUCCCAGCAGCCUUCUCUUAUCCAAGGCUACCAGCGAGCUAUUCUUACUCCAAACUAUAUGGAGUUUAGUAGACUCUAUGAAGCCAUGCUUAGAGACCCUGUAGACAGUAGUGAUCAUCAUGGAUGUGUAUUAAGACUCAGCCAAGCCAUGGGGAAUUUGACAAUUGUUCAAAAGGGAGAGAGAGAUCUUAUUUCAGAUGGAGAGAAAGUGCUCGUGUGCAGCCACGAAGGAAGCAGCCGGAGAUGCGGUGGGCAGGGGGACCUCCUGUCUGGGUCUCUUGGAGUCUUGGCGCACUGGGCAUUUCUUGCUGGAGCAGAGAAAACAAACGGUCAAAACCCCUUUCUAGUGGCUGCAUUUGGAGCUUGCUCUCUGACCAGGCAGUCCAACCACCAAGCCUUUCAAAAAUUCGGACGCUCAAUGACUGCCUCUGACAUGGUUUCAGAAGUUGGAACAGCUUUUAGCAAACUUUUUGAAACCUGAAGCCAAAGCAGCAGAGAAGAAGAAAGGAAAAGGAAGAACCAUGACUGCAAGAGUAAUUACAUUUACUGUAGGAUUUACAUAAGUAAUACACCCUUUCAAGUGCUGUAGCAGCAUUGGUAUGCUAGGUAGAUUUUUUUUUAUUUUUAAGAAUAGAAAAAUAUGAUUAAUGUAGAUAUUUUUUAAGAGUUUGGAAUACAAAAAUGUUUUGGCUGAAAUAAGCUGUAGUUGCAGAUCUGUUAUAAUAUAAUAAAACUAAACUGAAAGUA